UCCUUCAUUACACUACGCACGUUGUACUGUCUUCUGCUUUCAUCUUUUGAAGAUUCUCUUUAAAACCUCUGUUUUAUCCAAAUUCAAUCUUGUGGAGACAAAAAAAAACAUGAAGAAAUUUCUCCGCACGUUAGUAUUUGGCCUCGUCCUAGUCUUCGCCGCGUGUUCUUUGGUCGUUAACUGCAUUCGCACGCCGCCACUAAAAACUACGGUCAAUGGCGGAGAGAAUAAAAACUCCGAGAUGGGACGAACUCAAACGCACCACAAGGAAAUAAAGGAAAAAAGAGGGGUCGAAAUGGAAAUGUAUCCGACAGGAUCGAGUUUGCCGGACUGUUCCUACGCAUGUGGCGCAUGCUCGCCGUGUAAACGCGUGAUGGUCAGCUUUCAGUGUUCCGUCGCCGAAUCAUGCAGCGUCAUCUACAGAUGCACUUGCAGAGGAAAAUACUAUCACGUACCAUCUAGGGCUUGAAUCUCUGCCGUUUAUCCUUUUUCUUGUGUAUGUGAAAAAUAUCGGCAAAACUAUCUACAAGUAUUUUUGUACAAUUUUGUUGGAAAUUUUUUAUUACGAUAUGGGCUAUCCUACAACUAGUAAGGCCUUUUCAAUGCGCGUCAUGACACGACCGAAUCAGAUGCUUGACGCAAAGUCAAAGGUUUUGGCCUGUU